AGUCUGGCGGCCAUGGCGGCGCCGCGGCUGCUGCUCCUGCGGGCCUUGGCGCUGGGCGGGCUGCUACUGCUGGUCGGCUGGGGCGGCUCCGGAGCGGAGGGGCAGAAGAAAAAAGAGAUGGUGCUUUCAGAAAAAGUAAGCCAGUUGAUGGAAUGGACUAGCAAAAGAUCAGUUAUUCGACUGAAUGGGGACAAAUUUCGACGUCUCAUAAAGGCACCACCAAGAAACUACUCUGUGAUAAUAAUGUUCACUGCUCUUCAGCCUCACAGACAAUGCAUUGUGUGCAAGCAAGCUGAUGAGGAGUACCAGAUUCUGGCAAACUCCUGGCGAUUCUCAAGUGCAUUUACCAACAGGAUCUUUUUUGCCAUGGUGGAUUUUGACGAGGGUGCUGAUGUAUUUCAGAUGCUCAACAUGAAUUCUGCUCCAACCUUCAUUAAUUUCCCACCAAAAGGGAAACCAAAAAGAGGAGACACGUAUGAGCUGCAAGUACGAGGUUUUGCUGCUGAACAGCUUGCCCGCUGGGUGGCUGAUAGAACAGAUGUCAAUAUCCGAGUGAUAAGACCACCAAACUAUGCUGGACCCUUGAUGCUGGGGCUGCUGCUGGCUGUCAUUGGUGGCCUCGUCUAUUUAAGAAGAAGCAACCUAGAAUUUCUCUAUAACAAGACAGGCUGGGCUUUUGCUGCUUUGUGCUUUGUUCUGGCUAUGACAUCAGGGCAGAUGUGGAAUCACAUUAGAGGGCCACCAUACGCUCAUAAGAAUCCUCAUACAGGUCAAAUGAACUACAUCCAUGGGAGCAGUCAAGCACAAUUUGUUGCUGAAACACAUAUUGUUUUACUGUUUAAUGCAGGUGUCACUCUGGGGAUUGUGCUUCUUUAUCAAGCCGCUACAUCUGACUUGGAAGUGGGGAAGAGAAAAAUAAUGUGCGUGGCUGGCAUUGGCCUCGUGGUGCUGUUCUUCAGCUGGCUCCUCUCAAUAUUUAGAUCCAAGUACCAUGGCUACCCAUACAGCUUUCUGAUGAAUUAAGAAUGUUGCUGUGUUGCGAUUCGCCAAAGUGGAGCGCUGGCAUCCAAGAUCCAGAUUGUGCUACCUCUCUUUGAAAUGAACGAAAUCAUUGCACACCUAACCAAAGAUACCUGGUGCCUUGGCAAGACAAACUGUUUGCCCUAAAUGUCAGGAUGCAUAUUACAGCCCGUUACUCUUUCCCAUUCAUCUGAGGCCGAGGGAGUGCUCCUUGUCCUGAAAGCAAGGGAGCCUUAAUUCUCAGGCCACAAUUCCGAAAGCUUACCUCGGUGCAUCUCCUGCACCUUAUGCCUAGCAUGUGUGUACAGGAAUGUUCUGUUUGUAGUUCUGCACACUGCAAGACCUUCAGAAGUGGCUUAUCUGGGUUGAUGGGCUUUUUUAGACAAGGAUGCUUCUUUAAUAGGUAAGCCCCCAUCAUGGCCAUUUUUCCAGCACCUGCAGGGAUUUUAUUUUUCAGCAAGGUUUCUUACUGGGGAGAACUCUUGCAAGACCUAGGCAUGCUAUCCCUUGAUACAGGAAGAGAGUCAGAUUUUUGGUGUUUUGGUUCUGUGCAGUAGGUGAUUUGCUUUCGCCUAAAGAGUAGAACCAACAGAUAAACACUGAGGGGGGAACCUCCUAAACAUUUGUUUGAUAAAGUAGCUUCCUUGGGACUUUUCUUCAAAGAGAAAUGAAGAAUGAUGCAAUGUGUGAGGCCAUUUCUAUUGCUAUUUACUUGGUCUCCUGUUUCUGUACAGAACUUCCUAGAAUUAUAUGCUGCCCUUUCAUCAUAUGUGGAUAGUUUUGAGAUCUGCACCACCAUGUAGAUUUAGCUUUGCAAUUAAGUUCUAUUACUGUGCUGAUCUUUAUCAAAGACAGCUACCUGCUCAGCUUUGAUAAUGGACAUUAUUUGUGGUGGGUAGGACUAAAUAUCCAGUCCUCCACUAUGUUCCCAAAAUAUACCACUGGCAUUCUUAAAAUUCUUUUCAUAAUUGAGCAAUUGGGAGGAUGAACACAAACAGAAUCUCCUCUUUAUCUCUUGUGUCGGUGCUUUGUAUAUAACCCUGGCAAUUGUACCAAAAUCAAAGGGUGAUCUCAUUGGAAAAGUAGCUGAUGGGGGGGGGGAACCCACUUAAAUUGAAACAUUUCCCAUUCUGAAUCCUGACAAGAUAUUAGACAUGGUAACCUGUCUACCUAUGGCAAUGGAGACAUACUAUUCAGUGGACUUUUUUUCUACUUCCAAGGCCUUUUGGAGAGGAAAAAGAGAAUCCCAAAAUAAGUAGAGACAGUGAUCGCUAGUUUUCUUCAGGCGAGAGAGAAUUGUGUGCCAUUUGAACAAUUCUCCCUUUUUCUCUGAGUCCUGGUUGGUUUUUAUGCUAAGGCCCAGAUUCUCUAUGGAGGAGGGUUUGGUAGCAUUGGUUUACUUUGGGCAGGGUGUAAUAAGGGCUGUGGAAGAUCAAGAAAAAUGUAUUUCUUGAAGUAGCUACAAUUGUAACUCAGCUGUUUAGUUUUCUCUUACACAGGUUUCCUAUAUUCAGUUACUUUCCAAGUGCCUUAACACCAUUAGACAAUUUUUCAGUAUUUGAUUCCAACAAUGUUUGAAAAAUACCUUUUUAUAUGAUUGAGAGCAUCCAACUUGUAGCAUGGAUAUUGAAAUGACUAUUAUGGAUAUUUGUCAGCUUUCAAUAAACAAUUUCUUAGCCUGAA